UGAAGCCGGCCUUACGUCACGAGGGUGUGAUCAACCCAGAGGUUAAAGCUCAAUAUUUCUGCGCGGUCGGACUAAGAUUUGAUGCUGGGUUUAGUCUCGGUGCGUGUUUUUAAUCCCUGCUAGAGAGAUCAUGGCGAAUCUCUUUCAGUCCUGUAGCUAGUACUGAAGAAGACGGUGGGAAUGGGAGAUGUGUUAGCUGGCUAGCUUGGGCUAUGUACUGUUAAUAAACAGUUUUUCAUUUGCACUUCUGGGCUGAAACUGGGCUUGUUGAGGACCAUGCAGACCUUUCUGAGAGGAAAACGUGUGGGUUACUGGCUCAGUGAGAAGAAAAUGAAGAAACUUAAUUUUUUGGGGUUUGCUGAAAUGUGCAGGAAAAGAGGAAUAGAAGUGUUUCAGCUUGACCUGAGUCAGCCUCUGGAGGAGCAGGGCCCACUGGAUGUCAUCAUCCACAAACUGACAGAUUUGAUCCUCGAGGCAGACCAGAAUGACACCCAAGCUGUGUUACUAGUCCAGCGUGUACAGGACUACAUAGAUGCUCACCCUGAGACCAUAGUGCUGGAUCCGCUUCCAGCCAUCAGAACUCUGCUCGACCGCUGCAAGUCCUACCAGCUGGUCCACCGAAUAGAGGACUGCAUGCAAGAUAAGAGGAUCUGCUCUCCGCCAUUCAUGGUGCUGAAUAGUGAGUGUGGGCCAGACACACUGGAACAGAUCGAGCAACAUGGUCUUACAUUCCCCUUCAUUUGUAAAACACGAGUUGCACAUGGAACCAACUCCCAUGAGAUGGCCAUUAUCUUUAGUGCUGAGGACCUGAAGGGUGUGAAGCCUCCAUGUGUAAUUCAGAGCUUUAUUAACCACAAUGCAGUGCUCUAUAAGGUGUUUGUAGUGGGCGAGUCCUACACUGUGGUGGAAAGACCCUCCCUAAAGAACUUCCCAAAUGGUCAAGCUGACAGGAAAGCUAUUUUCUUCAAUAGUCAUAAUGUGUCCAAGCCAGAGUCAUCCUCAGAUCUCACAUCUCGAGAUAAUGUAGAAGGGGUUUCCCAGCCACCGAACGAUGAAGUUAUCAGAAAGCUGUCCAAAUCUCUGCGACAGGCUUUGGGAGUGUCGCUAUUCGGUAUUGAUGUCAUCAUCAACAACCAGACAGGUCAACAUGCGGUCAUUGACAUCAACGCAUUCCCCGGUUAUGAGGGGGUUCCAGAGUUCUUCACUGACCUCCUGAACCAUAUCACCAGCGUUCUGCAAGGCCAGACGUCAAGCGACAGACCCGCCUCUUCAUUGGCUCCGCUCACCUCGACAACAUUACCGACCCCAGCUUUAGAGGAACGAGAUGACGUCUCCCUACAGGAACGCUGCGACUCAGACACCAGCAGUAGUGCAUGGAUCUUGGAGGGGGACGAAGGACUGAAAAGUCAAUGCCAGAGACUGGGCUGCAACUCGGCCAUGUCACCCAACUUCCAGCAGCACUGUGUGGCCACCAUCGCCACCAAGGCCUCAUCGCAGUGACCAGCUUCUGUCCUGCCAUUAAAUAAAAUGCAAAAACAGUGGGGGGAAAAAUACAUAUAUAUUAAUAAACACGUUGAUAUUAAUAAUUGAUAUUAAUAAGAUAUCUGUAAUCAGAAUGAAACAUUUACUAUAUUUGACCAUCAGUGUUGAUACUGAGAUGAUGGAUUCUUUACACCGUUUGUGUACUUUUUAACACUCACAGUACUGUAUUGUGAACUUCUGUGUUGAUCAGCAGAUUUGUUGUACAACUCAUGCUGGAGUUUUUUGUGGUUUAUGUUUAAGCACUGUGGAGAAUGAGUUCAGACAAGUUUGAGGAACACACUAGGCAUUUGGAGAGUUUGAGGGACAGGAAUGACAUUCACAGCUGUUUCGCUAUGCUGUUGGUUUUGGCAAGAUGGUGGAUGUAAAACGUAUUUCUGUUCUAUUAGACUCGUACACUACAUAGCCAAAAUGAUCUUAACACCCCUCUCUUACUAGUGGAUUAAUAUUGACCGUAGCUUUAGGUUUACUAAAGGCACCUUCAUUGAACUUAAGUUUCCCAUCUGGUUUUGGAAGUUCUCUUGAUCAGAAGGAUGACACUAGGACACUAGAUGCUAGGAGAAUGCUGCCUAUGUGCAUCAUGUCACCUGAAAAGUAUUGAUGAAUUGUGUUUGGUUCUGUUAUUUUAUGGUUUGGGCUGGGCCCAAUAGUCCUAAUGAGGGGAAGGUAAUUAACAUGUAGAUAGUUGUCUGCUUACAGCCUUGUAGCUACAGAUUAGGAGAUGCUCUUUUAUUUUUAGUGUAACAAUUCCCUUACACACAAUGCUAGGUCUAUGUAUGGACUGUGCUAAAUUUAGUUGGGAUGAGCUUUACUGACCUGAAGAGCCCUGAUCUCAAUCCAAUUUCAUAUAUCUGGGAUGCUUACUUGUUACUGCUUAACAUCAGUGGCCGACCUCAGUAAUGCUUUAUAUCUUUUAUAUAUAAAUGGAAUCCUAAUUAGUUAUGAGUUAUGUUUCAAAAUAUACAAGGAAGCCUUCUCCAAACAGUUAAGGCAAAAGCAAGUCAUUAUUUAUUCCCGUGGGUCCCAUUGGACUGGAUGAGAUUUUUGGGUUUGGUUAUCCAUAAACAUUCAGCCAUAUAGCGUACGUAUCUAAAUAAUACAUUUUACUACAUGGGGAGAUGGCUUCAUGUGUCAUGUCAAGUAUCAGUCUUAGGUUGUGAUGGAAUCUGAUGUGUUUUUGUGUGAAGCUGGUAGACUUGCGCUAUUACUCCACCUUUUCCCUCCUACAGAGAGAGGUUCAGUGUCAUGGAAUUUAGAAUUCUUUUAUAAAGCUUUAGUAAAGCAUCAGGAUACCUGAAAUGUCUCUGCAUGCAUUGCUUUAUGACGUAUCAUGAUCCUUUCAGGGCAGUGGUAUUCAAACUGUGGGGUUCAGGUUAAUAUCAGCUAGACUUUUCCAGAUCUGUAAAGUUAUGGUACUGCAAGGAGGCAGUCAAUAUUUUAAUAAACUGCCAUAAACCCCUAUGCAUAACCAAAACAUUUAUUUAACAAUUCCAAAUACUAAAUAAAAUUUCUAAUAAUUUCAUUCAUAUAAUAGCAUAUAUUGUACUUAUGUACUCCAUUAUGACUGAUGUCCAGAGCACCUAACUGAGCAGUCUAAUUGACUUACAUAAAAAAUACUAUAAUAUACUAUAAAUAUUGUUAUAAUAAUUAGAUAACAGUAUCCUGACCCGUCAAAUAUAGCAGAGAAGUGCAGCCUCACAAAUGUUUGGAUGCCCGUGUAAAAAAUUAAAACAUCCUUUAUAGGCACCAGUUUGCUAAGUUAAAGAUAUUAGUAUAAAAUGGUACAUUUAAUAUUUUAUUUUUUAAAGUUACCUGUAUGUUAAAGUUAGCAAGUAAACAGCUGUUGCACACUAAAACAACACAGAGUAUGUGUUAAUGUAGUUUUACUAGCUGUAUCCGUAUAUGCUUCUAUGUAUUAGUGUUAAGAAGAAAUAAUAUAUAUGGGGAGAUGUGUGGUGGGGAGGUAUGUACAUCUAUCAGAUGUAUGUAAGACUGGCAGAAAGUUUGAAUACCACUGUUUUAAAGGAAUUCAAUGCGUCAUUGCAAUGUCAGGUGUCAUUAAUGUUUGAACUGUAAAACUAAUUUACCACUGUGUGUGUAUGUUCUUGCAUUCCAGUAUUUUUGGUGGAGAUUAUUUUUCGUAUAACAGCGAAAUCCAUUAUUUACAUAUUCUAUUAAUGAAACGAGCAAUUGCAUUCCAAAUAGCAACUAAUUUAGUUCUAAUUCAAACAAAUGUCGGUGAUUCUGGAGACUCAGCAGGUUUUUUGCUCCUUACUAGAAGAAUGCAAAUGUUUGACUGAAUUAAGGGCAUUUUAUACAUCUUUAAAAUCUAAACAUUAUGACUUAAUUUUUUAUUUGUUUAGUGUAAUUGAUGUCUUAAUACAUGCUGCAUUCGUGGUUUUAUUGAGCUAAAAUUAGGUCUUACUAAAAACAAUAAACCCUGUAUAUUUUCAGAUCAGAAGAGAACAAAAUGUAGAGAAGAUAAAUGUAGUAAGUUAAUGUUCUGUAUAAAAUGAAAUAUCACCAGUUUUUUUAUGUAAAGUUAAUAGACAUUUAUGUUUACUUUGCAUAAGAACAAGCAACAGCUAUUUUUUGUACAGGUGCAGUUAAAAUAUGGACAGGUUAGUACAAAGUUCUGUGAUGUAUUGAUUUGCCUUUCUCCCAUUUUUUACACAACAAAGAUGUAAAGUCAGCACUGAAGCAUUUGAAUAUUUAAUUAAUACAGAGAAACUUUGGUACUUCGACUAAGCAAUUUGAAAAUACCUGCUUUCAUCACCUAGGGGAUUUACUUUUCAGUGUAGAAACCAAAUGUAUAAGCACCUUUGCACAACGUGAAUCAAAAAGGAUUAUUUUAUACUUUGGCUAGUUGAAAUACAAAAAGUAUAAUAUUCUAAGUCUGUCUAAUGGAUGUUUCGAACCUAAUGUAUUUCAAUGAGUAGAUAUGAAAUAAGUGCAGUUUUCCACUUUUGCAAAUCAUAAUCUCACAAGGAAUGAUUUCUACAGGUUUUAUAUGACUGGUAUUAGCUAGUAUGAGGUUAGAUUAGGGUUGUGUUGGAUCACAUGGCUCAUUUCUCAGCUGUGUAAGGUAAUAAGAGUAUGAUGGCUUUGUACACUGCUCUAUAUUGUGACUCCGUAUUGUACUCUUGCCUUUGUGCUUCGAAAUGGUUAAACCCUUCUCUGUACUUCAACUGAGCAUUGUUCUCUUAAAAUCAACUUGAAUGUUUACUUAGAAACGUUGUAUUAUAGGCUGUGUGUAUGUGUUCAGUGCACAACCAUGCUAUACAUGCAAUUAUAUAGAUAACAUAGUGUGUUUUAUAAGUUACAAAUCAGAUAUAUACUUGGUGAUUCCUUUGAGAUAAAACAUUUUUAAAAUGUA